AAAAAAAUUAUCUGGUGUAUAACCGGUCAACAGCUGCCACUUCUUUAGCCGUGAGAUUAGACGCAUAUAUCUAAGGUACUCUGCUGCACGUGCUUUCCAACAGUAUCCCACCAACGCUUCAAACACGUUAAACAACCACCCAGGAUGUCAAUUCCUUCCCAGAUGAAGUGCUUGCUGAAGGAAACGGAGAAAGAAGGAUAUGACUUGGUAACCCGACCUGUGCCCAAGGCCGGUCCUGGUGACGUCAUCAUCAAGGUUGAUAAGGUAUCGAUAUGUGGCUCGGAUAUCAACCUCUGGAAAUGGAAUGAUAUUGCACAGGUUAUUGCAACAAUUCCCUUUAUACCAGGUCACGAGGCAACCGGCGUCGUGGUGGCGGUGGGCGAAGGCGUGACGGAGGUGCGUCUCGGGCAGCGGGUGGCGGUGGAAAAUCAUUUCUUCUGCGGCCUGUGUUACCAGUGCAAAGAAGCGCGGGGGGACAUCUGCCAGCGCAUGGACCAGUAUGGACACGGGAGAGGAACAGACCAGGGCGGCUGCUGUCAGUUCUCGCGCGUCCCUGCUCGCUUCUGCUACGUCCUCACCCGCGACCUGACCCCUGACCAGGCCGUUCUUCUCGAGCCGAUGGGAGUUGCCCACAAUGCCGUUGACAACAUCGACGUCAAGGGUGAAGAUGUGCUGGUACUUGGCUGCGGUCCCGUCGGCCUCUUCGCCAUCGCCGUGGCCAGGGCGCUCGGUGCCCGGGCAGUUUAUGGCGUGGACAUAUCCCCAGCACGACUCGAGCUGGCCAAGCAGAUGGGUGCCACUCGCGUCAUCAAUGGUGCCAAGGAGGACAUCAAGUCGACCGUGAUGUCCCUCAGCGACAACAACGGCGUCGGUCGCAUCGUCGAGGCCAGCGGCGCCGCCUCGCUCCUCAACCAGUCAUUCUCAUGGCUGAGGAAGGGCGGACAGAUGGCGCUGAUAGGCUUACCUAAAGCACCUCUGCAUGUGGAGAAUGUCCUGACCGAUGUUGUCUUUAAAUCCCUGACUCUCAAGACUGUUCACGGGCGAAGGAUCUUCCGCACCUGGCAAGAGUGCGAGAGGCUCCUGGCUGAUGGUCUGGUGGAUGUGGCCCCAGUAAUUUCCCAUAGCCUCCCCAUGAGCCAGUUCGAACAUGCAUUUCGCGAACUCUUGAGUGGUGAUGCAUGCAAGAUUAUCCUCGAUCCUCAAAACUGAUUGUUCAGGCAUUUAUCAAUAAAGAAUACACACAGAAGUUACAGGAAUAUUACUAUUAACCGAUGCUUCCACUCCCUGGCUCUGUACCUUUGUCCUCCAUUUGACUGAUCAUGUAUUAGAAGUAUGUAGCCCUGGUAUUUAUUGCUCCACCAAAGAGUUACUACUCUAAAAUAAAGAACACAUAAAUAAAUUAA